AUGAGCCGCAAGCGGUUGCGAUCGUCCGAAGCGGUGCAGUAUUGGCUGAUGAAGUCGGAGCCUGACAAGUUUUCGAUCGACGACCUCAGGGCGAGCGGGCGCUCUGCGUGGGACGGCGUGCGCAACUACGCGGCGCGAAACAACAUGAAGGCAAUGAACGUCGGCGAUCGCGUCUUGUUUUACCACAGCAAUGCGAAGCCGCCCGGAGUGGCGGGCCUCGCCACGGUGGUGCGGACGGCGUACCCCGACCACACGGCGUUGGACCCAGCGUCACCGUACCACGACGCAAAGGCGACGAAAGAAAAGAACCCCUGGGAAAUGGUCGACGUGCAGUUUGAGGAAAAGUUUUCUGCAUUGCUCUCGCUGGAACGGCUAAAGGGCGAGAAAAAACUGCGUCAAAUGCAACUCUUCACAAGGGCUAGGCUGAGUGUACAGCCCGUAACGAGAGGUGAGUAUGAACAUAUUUGCUGGCUUGGGCGUGGGGGAGAAGGGGGAGGCCGGUGA